UUCUGCGGCCGUCUGGAACGCUCUUCCCUUCCGAUAUUAGCAAAUAAUGCACGUUUCGUUAUACGUAAAUUAAAAUGCUCCCAAGGGAAAAAAACCGUAUAUUAUAAAAUGUUGGAGAAACCAUGCAAAUGCUUGAUUUGAAUUUCUCGUUUUUGCUUUCUCUGGAGCACCUUUGGGAAACUGAAUGUAAUCUUGAAAAUAAAAAAUACCUGCGCGUCUAAAGAAUCACGUUUUCAUAAGUGUAUUUUACCUGCUACGACUCAAUCAAUGGAACAAAAGGAAAAAAAAACCGUGCGCAAAGAAGCGUGGUCAAGAGUUGCGAUAAAAAUCUAUUGUUUAUUUUACCAGGUAAGAUCCACUGGGCAAUACAGCUCUUUUUCAGAAGCAACCUGGCCACACGUCAGCGCUUAUUACGUGAAAAGUUACAGCAGCCAAAUUAUCUAAACGCAUGUUUCUAAAUGUGGAGGGAAUAACCGGAGGACCCGGAGAAGAAAUUCCACGCGACCACAGGAAGAGAGAGACCUGCAAUCUCCAAAUAUACUUCUGUAGACCAGGCGAGGUAGGUAACAUCUCGCCACUACACGGCGCACGAUGGCGAGAAGAGACAUACAUUGGAACAAAUGCAUAAAAUCUAGCAUAGAGAGAUCAAAUAUAUAAUUUACGAUAUUUAAAUAAUUUAAGUGGGCUUGCGUAGGGCAAGUAAUUGCUGUAAGGGAUGACAGACCGAUGGUCAAGAGUUGCGAUGGAGUGGCAGCCAAAUAAUUGAAUCCGUACAGGAGUACACACUCCGAAGAGAUGGAGUGAUGAAAUCAGCUCUCUCGCAGGUGCAGAGUGGAUUAUUCAAUCUCGCUGAAUUUCGGGAUUAGGCGGCGGCUCGAGGAGGCAUUCAUCCAGCAGUGGAUUGACCACGGGUGAUUAUUUUUUCUGUUUCAGAUUGAAUAGACCCUUACAUUGCUCCUGCUCGGAUUUCCGCGGUUGUGCUCUACAGAUCUCUGAUGCAUUUUCGGGUUGUACCGUGCGUUGUUCAGCGUGAUGACCGACGUUUCGCUUCCACGUCCCCGUGAGCUUCGCUGUGAACUGAAUUCGGUCAGACCCUUAUAAUGCAGCAAAGCGCGUCAGCAAUGCGAGUGCAGAAUAACACACACACACGUGCGUAUACCCCAGUGGAUUGGAAGAUCCCGUGGAUGCAAUCAUUGCCCAAUGAUCACACCUCCCAAUCCUCUUGCUCCUCCUGCUCCUUACAUCACCCCCUCCUCUCCCGGUCCUCUCUUGUGCUCUUCACACACUGGCACAUUUACGAACCGCCUUUUGCGUCCUGGCGGUCAGAUUGCAUAGGCUGUGCGCUGCGGGGGAAAAAGAAUAGGGGAAUGCCUAUAUUCUAAAUUCAUCGGGCAUCUACAUUUUAAGUGCACGCUUAAAGGGGAGUGUUUCCUAUAUUUAUUUAUUUAAUAAAUAUUAAUUCCAUCUGUUGACUGCGGCUUAAAUCCUCGGUCGUUUUGUGCCAGCUUGCUUUACGAGCGCGGGUUCAUAAAUCCCCGCUACGGUUGUGCGUGCGUGCGUUCUGUUUGUGUAGGCGCGUGUGUACAACAGCGUUCGGGGCUUGGGAGCGCAGGGCACUGCGUGGCACAUCGCCACCAUGGAUGCAGAAAAUAUUCAGCUCUUGGAAGAAAGCAAGAAGAAGGCGUUUUAUUCCGCGGGCUUCAUAAGCCCAGCACCAAUGAGCGGCCUCAACGGUGCGUUCAGGAGCAAACCGUCGGGGCGAGCUGCAUCGGACCCGGGCUUGGAGGGACUGCACCUGGAGACGCUGAGCGCAGGCGGCGGUGAUGGGGACGAGUUUGGGGGCCGCCAUUAUUGCCACGCGCGGGGGGCCCGCAACACGGACCGCUCGGAGGGAGAGCGCAGACACGCACGCAGGAAACUCUGCAUCGCCGCCGUGAUCUGCCUCCUAUUCAUGGCCGGGGAGAUAUUCGGGGGCUUCUUGGCACACAGCUUGGCCAUCAUGACGGACGCGGCGCACCUCUUUGCCGACUUUGCCAGCUUCUCCAUCAGCCUCUUCUCACUGUGGGUGUCGUCACGCCCCCCCACCAAGACCAUGAACUUCGGAUGGUACAGGGCUGAGAUCCUUGGAGCCCUGCUGUCGGUGCUGACAAUCUGGGUGGUGACGGGAGUCCUGGUGUACCUGGCCUCCCUGAGGCUCAUCUACAAAGACUUCGAGAUCGAGGGGACAGCCAUGCUCGUCACGUCUGGCUGUGCCAUCGCUGUAAACGUCAUAAUGAGUUUCACGCUCUACCAGGCGAACCACCUGCACAGUCACGGGGGAGUGACCGCCGACGCCACGGAGCCCAAACCGCUGACGAUGGCCGAGGGUCCCGUGUCGGGCCCGCAGGCGAACCCCAGCGUCCGCGCCGCCUUCAUCCACGUCGUCGGGGACCUCCUGCAGAGCAUCGGCGUGCUCAUCGCCGCGUGCGUCAUUUACGCCGAGCCUGAAUACAAGAUUGCGGAUCCCAUAUGCACCUUUGUGUUCUCAUUCUUUGUCCUCUUCACGACGGUCACCAUCUUGCGAGACGUCCUCCUCGUGCUCAUGGAAGGUGCACCAAGGGCUGUGAAGUUCACCGACGUGCAGGAGGCUCUGCUUGCAUUGCCCCACGUGUGCUCUGUGCACGAUGUGCACCUCUGGUCCCUGACCAUCAACCACUGCGCCAUCUGCGCUCACGUCUGUGUCGACGACAUCGGGAAGGGAGAAGAAGUGGUCAGAGAAGCCACGGUCGUCCUCCAGACGCGUUUCUCCUUCAGCGUCCUCACCAUCCAGGUGGAGAAGUUCACCGAGGACAUGCACAGCUGCCGUGACUGCCAAGAGCCCAGCGGGUAACAACCCCAACGGCGAGCUGCAAAGGUCACUCAAGUAGCGUGUGGGCAACUGAGCCCAUCGGUGAGAGCAUUCAGUGAAACUCUCAAUUAUCCGAAGUUAUGGGUGGGGAGGGAUGGCCCCGGAUAAAGUAAAAACACGGGCAAUUACAAAAAAAUGUCACUAGACUAUACAAUAAUGUGUUGUUUACCUACUCAUACAAUGCCAUCUGUUAAUAUUUGUUUUGUAAAAGCAAUCAGUUGACUUUCCAACCUUUAUGUGGGCACAUGGGCACUCAGUAACCGACCCCUCGACGGGCUAGGAGCAGACAAUAAAAACAGCGCGCGUUUAAAAGUUACAAAUGAGCACUGUCCUUUUGCAAACCGGAUAAUCUGCCCACCGAUAAUCGCGAGUUAACUUUCGUUGCCCUGCAGACGAUAAUGCUGGGACAGGUCAUGUAAACAAAAAUGACCAGGUAGCCAAUUAGUGAGCAAGGAUUAAUUGAGAAAGUAUAAUUACUGAGAGGCAUAUAACGAUAACCCCCCCCCCCCCCACCACCAUCAGCGAAUCGAACAAUUGUGAUUGUUUCGUUUCUCACAAUUUUCCAUCUCGCUUGCAUUUGCUUCUAGAUUGUUCCGUCUCAUUUGUGCAAUUCUGUUUGCUUCAGUAUUCUAAAUAUAGCACAAGCAAAAUCACGCAUCAAUCGUGAAUAACAGGUUGUCACGCGCAUGUUUGUAUGUAUGCAUGCAUGUAUCUUUCGAUUUAAAGCUUUCGUGACUGCAGGGAUUCAUCUUAUUGGUUCUUUCGGUAAAGUGACGUAGAAGGGGAAAUAAUUAAAUAAUGAGACAUAA